AUGAUCACAUCUACACAGAAUGCAGUAAAUCAACCAACAACGGCUGUAGAAUUCCAUCGUUCUUUAUCACCUAUUCCCCGUAAAUCUCAAAAACUAGAUACUUUAGACACCAGCAGUAUUUUAGAUGAUUCGAUGGCAGAGAUUAUUAUUCCUUCAACUAAUGUAGAACAAACCAACUCUCACAGAUUUCGUUUAAUUAAUCCUGAAACGUAUUCACAAAAUGAUGUAUUAAUUAUUCCAAGAGUUCAACAAUCAUCUACACUCACUGGUAACUGUGAAAGUAAUAAUAAUAAUAAUAGUAAAGGACAAAAGUUGAAAAGACAAUCCAUUGAAUUAACCCAAAAGCUUUCAAUUAGUGCACCUCUUACUCCAGAUUUGCUGGUGAAUUUUGUGAGUAGAAUGCGUAAACCAAAGUCUUUCAGUGCUAAAAAGAAACAGAAAGAGGAGACUAUGAAACGUAAUGAUAACAAUAAUAAUAAUAAUGGUAAUAACACUAAUAAUACCAAUGUUACUCAUCGUAAAGAUGAGAUUGGAAAAUCACCUAACUUAUUCAUCACCCCCAAUAAGAAAUCCUCGAAUUUACACACUACAGGUACACCGAAAACACCCAGAAAAGCCUUUGCAAUAGAUAAUAAAUCCCUUAGUGAACCAAGAUUAAAGUCUACUCCAGAUAAAAGGAAUAAAACGCCUAAACAGUUACCUACAAAACGAUUGACAAAUAGAACUCCAUGUAACAGUAAAAGUGUUGGCAAGGUAAAAGUGAAAAAAACGCCAGCAAAGGAAAAGAACCCACCUUUACUGUCAUCUUCUGGUGAUCAUAAAGACACGCAUGAUUUGAAUAAACGCCCUUGUGGCGAAAUAAAGUCAAAUAGAAAAUUGUAUACACCAUCAAACCCGCGACCUGUUUGUCCACGUUUACCAGUGGAUUUAGAUGAAACAAUGUCUCCUGUUGUCCUGCUAAUAAAAUCAGACGAUAAUCAAAACAUGAAAUCUGUUCAGACAUCAUCGCUAGCAUCCAAUCCUAUUCGGAAAAGGUUGCGUAGUUCAGUGGCAGCACUCAGUCCUACAAAACAACCAUCGUCUUCUGAUUGGAAACAGAGAAUACGAGCUGACCAGGUGACCACACCAAUAUGUAGAAAAUCGAAACGGAUAUCUCUUAGUCACAUAAAAGCUGGAUAUGAACCUCUAAUUUUUCAUAAAGGCAAUGGCAACGGGAAAAGUUUGUGUCCGACGGAACAGACCUGGUACAAAAGCAGAGGAGUGGUGUAA